AUGUUUUCCAUUCUAUCUAUCUAUCUAUCUAUCUAUCUAUCUAUCUAUCUAUCUUGUUUGUUCAUAUAUUUCAUUUGGUUCAUAACUAUCUUGUACAGUCUGUUAAUAUAUCUAUCUAAUAUUGUGUUAAUCGAAAUGGAUAGCUAUCGACUACUUUCAUUAUCUAUCUAUCUAUCUAUCUAUCUAUCUAUCUAUCUAUCUAUCUAUCUAUCUAUCUAUCUAUCUGUCUACUGCUUCAUCUAUCUAUCUAUCUAUCUAUCUAUCUAUCUAUCUAUCUAUAUUCAUAUGUUUCAUUCAGUUCAUAACUAUCUGGUACAGACUGCUUUUAUCUAUCUAUCUAUCUAUCUAUCUAUCUAUCUAUCUAUCUAUCUAUCUAUAUUCAUAUUCUGUUUUUAUAUUUGUCGUUUUUUGUCGUUGUCAUCAUUAUCAACAUCACUGUCUAUCUAUCUAUCUAUCUAUCUAUCUAUCUAUCUAUCUAUCUAUCUAUACACAUAUUUAUUUAAAUAUGUUCAUAUCUGUCACAGUCUCUUCAUAUCUAUCUAUCUAUCUAUCUAUCUAUCUAUCUAUGUAACAGUUUCAGUCUCCCUAUGUCUAUCUUUAUCUAUCUAUCUAUCUCAGUCUGUUCUUAUCUAUCUAUCUAUCUAUCUAUCUAUCUAUCUAUCUAUCUAUCUAUCUAUCUAUCUAUCUCAGUCUGUUCUUAUCUAUCUAUCUAUCUAUCUAUCUAUCUAUCUAUCUAUCUAUCUAUCUAUCUAUCUAUCUAUCUCAGUUUCUUCCUUAUCUAUCUAUCUAUCUAUCUAUCUAUCUAUCUAUCUAUCUAUCUAUAAUCUCAUAUACAUUCGUACCUGCUUUGAAGGACGCUCUAUGAUUCUCGCCGGCUCAUCAACAUUGAAGGAUCCGGAUCUCGAUAAUAAACCCCUUGCCCCUGGGGACAAAAAUGACAUCAUAAUCACCCUCACAGUCAUUUCCGUUAAUAUCUAUCUAUCUAUCUAUCUAUCUAUCUAUCUAUCUAUCUAUCUAUCUUUGAUAUCUAUCAAUAUCUAUCUAUCUAUCUAUCUAUCUAUCUAUCUAUCUAUCUAUCUAUCUAUCUAUCUAUCUAUCUUUGAUAGUCCGUUAAUAUCUAUGCAUCUAUCUACAAAUGAUAGUCAAUUCGUUAUCUCUGUCCGUCCAUCCGAACCGUCUCCCCCCUCUCUCUCUCUUUCUCUCUCUCUCUCUCUCUUUCUCGCUAUCGCAGCAGGGAAAGUAUCUAUCUAUCUAUCUAUCUCUAUCAUCUAUCUAUCAUCUAUCACCUUUCUUUGGAAUAAUAUUCCUUUAUCUAUCUAUGUUCAUAUAUCUAUCUAUCAUCUAUCUAUCUCAUCUAUUCUAUCUAUCUAUCUAUCUAUCUAUCUAUCUAUCACACUUAUAAUUUAUCUCUUAGAAUGUUCAUGUCUAAUGUUCAUGUCUGUCUGUCUAUCUAUCUAUUUAUCUAUCUAUCUAUCUCUUCGAUCUAUUCCUGGUUAUUUAUCUCUAGGUCUUUUCGCAUACAUCGCUCCAUCUGCGCUGAUCUGUAGCAACAUAUCCCUCUAUUUGCCAUUCUAA